AGGGUGUAGUGGGCGGUGACGCGCAGGCGCAGUGAGUGCAGGGAGAAGUUCUGGAGAAGAGCUACAUUGUACCUACAGGAUGAGGGACCGCACCAAGGAGCUGGGCUGUACUGAAAGCGAUUCAGAACCGGAUGAACACAAAGUGCUGGUGGAGCCCUCGCAGAAUGGAGAAGAGCUCGACAAGCAGUUCUUUGAAACGACGCGGCAGAUUCAAGAGUCCCUACAGCUCCUCAAGAAUAAAGUGAAAUCUCUAGAGUCCAAUCAGACGACAGUUCUCAGCCAGCCGCUUCCGGAGGACAGUAUGAAGAGAGAUUUGCAGUCUCUGAGAGAAGAGAUCAAAGUUUUAUCAAAAGAGAUUCGGAAGAAUUUGCAGAAAAUCGAGGUAAAAGAUGACGAUGAAGUGGUGAGAGGGUCAGUUUACAAGCGGGUGAAGAAGACGCAGCAUGGCGUCCUCUCCCAGCAGUUCAUCGAAAUCAUUAAUCAGUGCAACGUGAUCCAGACGCAGUACAGAGACAACAACGUCAAGAGGAUCAAAAGGCAGCUGCAGAUCACUGGGCACAGUGUCACAGAUGAGCAGUUUGAUGAGAUGCUGGAGAGUGGACAGAGCGACGUCUUCACAUGUAAUCUUCUGAAGGACACGCAGGUCACAAAACAGACCCUGAAUGAGAUCGAAUCCAGACACGACGAGAUCCUGAAGCUGGAGAAAAGCAUUUUGGAAUUACACGACAUGUUCAUGCUGCUUUCCAUGGAAGUCGAAGCGCAGGGUGAUAUGAUUGACAACAUCGAGAAGAAUAUUUUAUAUUCCACCGAUUAUGUACACAAAGGGCGAGAGCAGCUGGCGCAGGCGGUGGUGAACAAACACAAAGCCCGCAAGAAAAAGGUUUACAUAGCGAUCUGUGUAGCCGUCCUGGUCGUCGUCCUCGUCAUCAUUAUCACCGUGUCCGUUAUGAGCUAAGCAAUCCUCAUGGAGGAUCAAGCCACACCCCCCCCUCCGUUUCUGGACUGGAAGCCCCUCCACCCACUGCCGUCCCGAGCCUGGCACUGAAACGGUUUAUCUGGAAGCCGGACACUAGAAGGAGGGUCUGGCCGGUGGGGUCACCAGGCUACCAUGGUGCCUUUUUACUCUCUCGCUGUAUUAUUUUGUGUGCGCGCAUCUCUCCCCAAAGCCCCCCCCCCCCAGUGUGCCUUAUUUCUGCUGCUAACAGACGGCCUUGUGACCGAACGCGUCCGCCGGAUUUCUCCUAUCAUGAUCUCAUGCUGUAUUGAGGACGUUUUUCGAUCACAAGGCCCAGAGUGCUUAAUUGAACGCAAGUAUCUUUAUAUCGUUUUAGCUGUGGUGUCCCCUGUACUUUUUUUAUGUAGUUAUGUAUAGGGGGGGCCAAGCAUGUAUAUAUGUCAUGGUAUAAAAAAAAAAGAUGUUGUAUUAA